AAUACUAAAGAUCCUUGGUAGGUCUAAAAAUGGAUAUGCGUCUAACUAACCUUGUGAAACCUCUAUGCACAACGGUAUAGUUUACAAAAAAGUCACGUAUGUUUCCGUUUUCUCCCCCUGUCCAUGUCUCUCGCUCGCCGUCCCUCUCUCGCCUGCUAUAUGGCUCGCUCCCUCCCCUCUCUCUUCUCGUCUGGGGUUUCUCUCAAGAUAAUUGGAGGCAAAAUUUGAUCUUCCCAAUGUCAUGGACAAAAAGGAGGUUUCUCCGGGCUGCGCGGCUGCGAUGAAAAGGAAGGCGAGCGGCAGCCGGAGCAGCCAUAGCGGUGCUGCCGAAUCUGCGCCGGACGGUGCCGUAAGCGUGAUCGGGACCAAGGACUGCCCGUCGCCCGCCUCCGGCACUAUCGAUGACCGGCCCGCUCCAUAUUUAAAGCCUCCUGACAGGAGUGCCGUCAUGGACGAAGCGGAGGACGGUGAGGAGGAGCUGAGAUUUCAGCAGCCGCGGCUGCGUCGCUCUGGCGGUAGUGGCAGCAGCAGCGGCGGCGGCGGCGGCAGCAUCAGGAUGAAGAACUUUAAGCCAGGAGGGGGAGUUGCCGCGACGGCGAGCAAGAAGUCAAGCAGCGAGCUCUCUCUUUUGCAAUGCGAGUCGUCCGAGGCCACCGUUACCUCCUCCGAGGUCUGCUCGGGAGAUGGUGCUGUACCAGGCGGCGUGGAUAGGGGCAUAGCAGGAGACACACCUACCGGAGGACCGCCGACUGCGGCGUCUGCCAGCGCAGGUGGGCAGGGAAGCCCGACUCCCGUCGCGGGCAUGAAAUGCAACAAAAACGGGGAGUGCAGGAGAGACUCCACCGCUACAAUCAGCCCGUGUUCUGGCAUCGCGAAGCAGGAGAAAAUGAGCAACCGGGGAGUUGGAGGCGAGGACGGGAAUAAGCGGGGUGUCACCAAUUCAACCGCCAGCAUGGACGGGUCGGCAACCCCCGUUGGGUCCCUUUCACAGGGACAGGGGGGUGACACUCUGGUCUCCGAGAAAAAGGACUCCAAGGUCUCUUUUUCCAAUGCGCCCAGCAGAAAAGCAUCAUCUGCCGUCCACGGCCAGAGUCAAACCCGGCAGGCCAGGAAUUCUGUCACCUUUCAUAAGUCCGAAGAUGGACCUCAGAUCGUGGCCGAGGACGCGGAGCACCGAGGCAGUCAGGCCAGCUUCAUGCAGCGGCAGUUCAGCAGUAUGCUGCAGCCGGGGGUUAACAAAUUCUCCUUACGCAUGUUUGGAAGUCAAAAGGCAGUAGAACGGGAACAGGAGCGGGUUAAAUCAGCGGGCAACUGGAUUAUUCAUCCUUACAGCGAUUUCAGGUUCUACUGGGAUUUCACAAUGUUGCUAUUUAUGGUAGGAAACCUCAUCAUCAUCCCUGUGGGCAUCACUUUUUUCAAAGAUGAGACCACCACACCAUGGAUUAUCUUCAAUGUCGUGUCAGACACUUUCUUCCUUAUGGACCUAGUGCUCAAUUUCCGCACUGGCAUUGUGAUCGAGGACAACACGGACAUCAUCCUUGACCCCAAAGAAAUAAAGAAGAAGUACCUGAAGACCUGGUUCGUGGUGGACUUUGUGUCCUCCAUCCCAGUGGAUUAUAUUUUCCUGAUUGUGGAGAAGGGCAUUGAUUCAGAAGUCUACAAGACAGCACGUGCCCUAAGGAUAGUGCGUUUCACAAAGAUCCUCAGUUUGCUCCGCCUUCUGCGCCUUUCCAGGCUCAUCCGCUACAUCCACCAAUGGGAGGAGAUCUUCCACAUGACCUAUGACCUGGCCAGCGCGGUGAUGCGCAUCUUCAAUCUGAUCGGCAUGAUGCUGCUGCUGUGUCACUGGGACGGCUGCCUGCAGUUCCUGGUGCCCAUGCUGCAGGACUUCCCUGCCGACUGCUGGGUGUCACUUAACAAGAUGGUGAAUGACACCUGGAGUGAGCUGUACUCCUUCGCCGUCUUCAAGGCUAUGAGUCACAUGCUGUGCAUCGGUUAUGGCCGCCAGGCCCCCGAGAGCCUGUCAGACAUCUGGCUGACCAUGCUCAGCAUGAUCGUGGGCGCCACCUGCUACGCCGUCUUCAUCGGCCACGCCACCGCCCUCAUCCAGUCCCUGGACUCCUCCCGGCGGCAGUACCAGGAGAAGUACAAACAAGUGGAGCAGUACAUGUCCUUCCACAAACUGCCCGCAGACUUCCGGCAGAAGAUCCACGACUACUACGAGCAUCGAUACCAGGGCAAGAUGUUUGAUGAGGAGAGCAUAUUGGAAGAGCUCAGCGAACCACUACGAGAGGAAAUUGUGAACUUCAACUGCCGCAAGCUGGUGGCCUCAAUGCCUCUGUUUGCCAACGCCGAGCCCAACUUCGUGACGGCCAUGCUGACCAAGCUGCGCUUCGAGGUCUUCCAGCCCCGGGAUUACAUCAUCCGCGAAGGCACCAUCGGCAAGAAGAUGUACUUCAUCCAACAUGGGGUGGUGAGCGUGCUCACCAAGGGCAUCUUGGGUAUGAAGCUCUCUGAUGGCUCCUACUUUGGAGAGAUCUGCUUGCUGACUCGGGGAAGGCGUACAGCCAGUGUACGCGCAGAGACUUACUGUCGCUUGUACUCACUGUCCGUGGACAAUUUCAACGAGGUUCUGGAAGAGUAUCCCAUGAUGCGGCGGGCCUUCGAGACCGUGGCCAUCGACCGGCUCGAUCGCAUCGGAAAGAAGAACUCUAUCCUGAUGCACAAGGUCCAGCACGACCUGAACUCCGGCGUGUUCAACAACCGUGAAAACGAGCUCAUCCAGGAGAUCGUGAAGUACGACCGGGAGAUGGUGCAGCCCGUGGACCUGCAGCAGACGCGCGCCCUGUCCAGCACCCCGCCCGUGCACGGCGGCAUCUUCGCCCCGCCGGGUCACCCGCCGCCCGGCUCUGCCAUCGGCACGCUGCAGCAGGCCGUGGCCCUCAGCUUCUGCCCCCCCAUGGUGUGCCCGCUGGCGGGCCCCAGCACCCUGCAGUCGCCACGCGUGGCGCGGCGCUUUCAGGUAGUGCCGGGCAUCUCCAGCCCCAUGUCCAUGUCUCCGCUCGGGGCCCAGCCGCCCCUGCCGGGCGGCGCCUUUGCAUCGGCCCUCGCCAGCCCGCCUGUUCAGAGCCCGCUGGCUGCUGGGGGAGCGGCCCGGACCUUCCAAUACAGCGGCAGCCCGCUGGGCGGCAUGCCGUCGGGCUCCCAGCUUUCUCUGGCACAGCGGCCCAUCUCCCACCGGGCUGGUGGCGUGAGCCCCGAUGCUGCGGUUCUGUCGGCCUCGCAGCUCUCGCUCCCCCAGGAGGGGGGCCCUCAGCCGGGUCCCAGCCCUCCACAAUCUGCCUGUGUUUCCUCCAUGUCUAUCGGGCCGCCUGCUGGGGCACCGCCUGUCACACCAGGGUCCUCGGGAGUCAAAGGCCCCAUGCAGCACAGGGUGUCACUGUCCCAUCAGGUGUCUCUGACGACUCCCAUCCCAUCCCCUUCCCUCCCCGGCACACCCACUGGGACGGGGGCAGCCCCCGGCCCCAGCCAGCUAGACUCCGGGGCCCCCAGGAGAGAGUCCUCCACCUGCCUUCCUGAGACAGACACUGCGAGACACAGGCUGUCGUCCAACUUGUGACCUGGGCAGCGUAGCUUUGAAUACGUGACCUUAACAGCCGCCUUUCUCUUACUGAGCCCCCAGCCUUGAAUCUCACUGUCUGAAUGUACUAAUGAAUCUGUGGGGAUGUGCGGGACAAGAGGAACGAUGGACUGAUAUUAGUGAAAACACAAAGUCUACACAAGUAUAAUCGUUAAACGGAUUAAUGCAGAUAGUCUGUUCGUAAGCCACCACGCAGACACAUAGUCACUGCGCUUCCCCCAUUCUGCCUUGAUGCCUCAGUAAAUAAAACGCUUCCCUCAUCGCACAUGCAUCGAUGCAUCAUAACUGAUAUAUCCUGCACACACUGCGCAGUGCUAAAACAAUGCAAACUGGCUGGAGCUGGAACAAAUGUAAAAUCAGGGACCUGCUUUAGGCAAACUAAUGCUUUGCAACUAUGGUUUAAUGUGUCCUUUCCUGCAGUCAGUGGUAGCUCAACAACUGUGUCCUUCUCAUGAUGCUGUAAUUUUAGUAUUGUUUAAAAAAUGAAAAAGGGAAAAAAAAAAAACUAUUAGUGUUUUAGACCGCUGGUCGA